UAGAAACAAUAUCCUCCUCAAUUAUCCGACCGCAAAACAAACCAACUGACAAGAAAAUGGCGCUACAAAUCCACUCUUCGUGUUCCUCCUUCUCCGCGAGACCCUAUCAUCUCCACCACCUCUCCACGAGCAGAAACCCUAGAUUCGCAAUCAAAUGUCAGAACUCCCAAACCGAAACCGAGACGACGGAGGAUCCGUCGCAACCCAGGAAACCGAGCUCCUCCGGGGUUGGAUUCGGGUCGCCGGCUCCUCCGUCUUCUCCGGCCAAGAAAGGGAAAGGAAAGAAAGAGGUGAUCAGGCGAUCUCCCGUGGAGAAACCGGUGUUCAUCAGCGAAGAAGGAGCGGCCAAGGUAGAGGAGCUGAGACGGAACGAGAAUGCUUUUCUUCUUGCUUGGCUUGGCCUCGGUGGCGUCAUCCUCGUCCAAGGCCUUCUUCUAGCUGCUUCAGGCUUUCUUCCAGAAGAGUUGGAUAAGUUGUUUGUGAAGUACGUGUAUCCGGUGUUCACUCCUUCUGUUGGAUUAUUUGUGGCUGGAACUACUGCAUAUGGAGUUCUUAAGUACUUACAAAAUGAGAAACUCAAGGAUCAAAAGUGAUACACACACACACACACCUUUGGAUAUUUUGAGCUAGCCUGUGAUUGUGAGAGGUUGGUUGUUCAAUGGUUUAGGGUAAGUGUGUUUGUGUGUUGAUCUGAUCUUUGUUCUUGUAUAUGCAAAGAGAUGGUUAUGUUAAAUUAAAAAAAUAUGUUGGGAGAUAUAUUCAGGUGCUAUUAUCAUUUUAUCCUAAACAAAAAUCAGACUCAAA